AGCAGGGUCACAUGGUGCCGGUGACACACCUACUGGAGGCCCUAAAGCGGCGCCAGUCGCGCAGGUAGAGCACAGGAGUCUAACGCACAGGGACAGGACGCUAUUCCCGCUAUUGCAUUACAGGCAUGAAUCGGGAAGAACAUUACUACUCAGCCAGUCACCUUUACAAGGACUCCUGUGCCUAUCAGAGGCCACACAAUGAGGAGUACAGCCCAAGCCCGCCACCGUGCCUUUAUAUGACCAGGCAGACCCAAUCCGUCUACGCUUCUCCUGCAUUAGGCACCCAGGACCAACACAACCAUCUUCCUGAUAUCACGUCCUAUGUGCCUGGACGAGAAGACCUGACAGUGCCUCACCUGCACCACUCACAAGCCCAACAGCUGCCCCUCCAAACUUUCACGGGUUACGGAGACUCUUUGGACCUGUGCUCGGAACGAAACAGGUGCCAUCUUCCUUUCCCUUGGAUGAAAUCGACAAAAUCUCACACGCAUGCCUGGAAAGGACAAUGGACAGGUCCGUACGCGGCGGAGCCCGAGGAGAACAAGCGCACGCGCACGGCCUACACGCGCGCGCAGCUGCUCGAGCUGGAAAAGGAGUUCCUCUUCAACAAGUACAUCUCGCGGCCGCGGCGCGUCGAGCUCGCGCUCACGCUCAGCCUCACCGAGCGCCACAUCAAGAUCUGGUUCCAGAACCGGCGCAUGAAGUGGAAGAAGGAGGAGGACAAGCGGAGGGCACGCGGCACGGAUCCCGAGCAAGACUCCUCCGUCACUUCCGGCGACCUCAGAGACGACGCGUGUGGCGCGCACGCGGCACCGCCUUCACCUCUGCAGUCUCACACCGCGCCUUCGGUUCCGCGAGACCCCGCCUGAACACUUCAGCAGUGCUGAAAGGAAGAAGCGUGAAAUUUAGGACCCUGUGCAUAAAUACUAAAAACUCUUGGACUCAAAAACUCCAGCUGUAAAUAAAAGCUCUAGGCGACGUGACCAGCAGUUCAUUGUCCAGAAUUACUGCAGAGGAGGGUGAACACUGCUAAAGUGGGACACGUUUGAAAAGAGCACUUUUUCUGUCUCUUCACAGGACACCUUUAUAAAAAGCUUAAGAUCUCUCUUACACUGUUCAAAUGCAAAACUGCUGAAAUACCACAACACACGUGCAAUGGUGCUUCUUACAGCCUCUGUUCAUCACCCUGUAAUGUUUCAUGUGAUGCUGUUAUUGUGGGACAAUUACUGUCUUUACUCUAAAAAUAAAAGUAAGGACAGAUGCUAGUAAUCUAAUUAACAGAUUUCACUGUAUUUUAUUUGGAUUGAAAUAUGCAUUAAUAUAAAAAUCUUUUUAUGCAACACAGGUGUGUUAAUACUUUUGGCAAGUGGAAAUAUACAAUGAAAAAACUCUUUACUUCCCAAGCAUCAGCUCAGUAAAGAUCACUGAAGUACAUACAGGUGAAGAUACAGAGGAUCAAGCUUAAGUGUCCCACUUGACCAAUAUUCACCCUACAUUAAAAAGGACUGCACUUGAGAUUACCAAACCAAACACAUCAUCAUAUGUUAGCUUCGAUUCUUUAGCGUAAAAUGAAAUGUGCGGAUUUCGCUCCCUGCUGAAAGGUCUGACCAGCUACCAGUUGCCAAAGCACAGGCCGAGCUGGUCGUACUGGUAGACCAUGUUUCCCAGCUGGUAAGUUAUUUUCCAACUUAUUACUGAUCAAUAAAUGAUUGAGAUUUUCUAAUUAUGUUACUGCUGCGUUAUUUUAUUAAAAACAACAUGUCUCUGAUAGAGCAUUAGUGGCAGUAAUUCAGAAACUGUUUCUUUUCUGCAAGCACUUAUCCUCUGCUAACUGUGGUCUACCAGUUUCAGCACCUAGGCCUGUGUUCUGGAAGCUGCUAGCUGGUCAGACCAAGCUGGAUUUUUCAGUGCAACCAUAAAGAAGUUUAACUUGUCAGGGGUGAAGUAUUUUACAUUUUGGAGAAGGGUAAUUUUGGAGAAAUUAAACUGGAUUUUUUUUUUCUUCUGAACUAUUGAUUUACACAUCAUUCUGAAUGUUAUUUACACUUUUUGGUUAUCAUCUUUGUGUUAAUAUAAAAUGUAACACCCCAUCCACAAGGAAAGUUACAGCUGUUUAAUAUAAACUACACCUUUAAAAAAGAAUAACAUUUAAAAAUAUGUAUAUAAAAGAGCCAAAGGAUUUCCUUUUGGUUACUGAGGUUAAGGUUAGGGUUAGAUUUAGGAGCAGGCAUAGCAUUUACUGCCUUAAAUAUUAUUUCAAAUGAAGUUCCUCACAAGGAUAGUAAUCUUUUUUCUUUUUUUUUAUUUAUUCGUAUGAUGAUAUAAUGGCUCACACAUCAACCAUGACCAGUGUCAUUAUAAUAACCAUGAAUAUACAGACUAGGCAAGACUGUACCAGCUCUUCUUUUUAGAAAUGAAACAAUAAUAAGGGAAAAUAAGCUUUUUAAGUGAAAUUGGCCCCCAGUCUCAACCUCUUUAUUCUGCCAGGUGUUUUCAUACUUCACUACACUUUAUAUUCCAGGGAAGGCCAUUUAAAUCCCCUCUUAGUGCUUUCAUGAUUUCUUUUUUCGUGCACACCUUCCCAACUUCCAUAUUUAAAUACAAAUUGAUUAAUGCAAAAUAUUAUACAUGUGCAGCCGUGAGAUCAUGUUGAGCAGGUCAUUUCAAUCCCAAAGUAACGAAAUUAUAUCUAACUAAAUGUAUAUCUGGGGUUAGGCAACCUGCGGCCUGCGUUUUCGCCACUAGAGGGCAGCAGGAGGCUGAAUAUUUUCCUGUGGACACGUUUUAUUUUAGAUCUCUGAAUGUCAGCACAAUAUUAUGAAGAUGACAAUAAAAUCCUGAAUUAAUCUGUUUAUGCAUUUAAACAAAAUGAGAACCAAGUCUAAUUUAUUCCUGGGCGAUUGCCUCAUAAGCCUCUAGAUCACUAGAUAUUUUUAUGCUAUAUUAUAUUAUAUUAUGUUGUCAUGCUGUUGUUAUGUUAUGUUAUGUUAUGUUAUGUUAUGUUAUGUUAUGUAGUGUUAUGUUAUUCAUAAUUUUGUAUAUUUACACCAGGCUGCUGUACAUUACACGAGUAAAAGGCAUCUGAUGCUUUCAUUUCGGCUAUUUGCAACGAUUCGUGAAAUGAAGUGAACCAAAUAAACAGUUAUUUGCGAAGAUUUAAAUGGCAUUAGACAUAUACCUUAUUUUCAGACCCAAAUUCCUUGACAUUAUUACCCAUGACAGGAUAUCAACUGUAGAAUGC